UUUGUGUCAUGUGUAAUUAAAUCUAAAAAUACGCAACAAAUGAUUAUGUAUUUAGUCUAAUUAUCGUCCGUUACUUGAAUCGGUCCAACCGCAGCAUGAUUAGAAGCUUGCCGUACGAGGUGAUUAACUUAUCAUGACUGACCACAUCUACCGAUGGCUGAUUUGUACAGUUACAAAAUGAAGUUAUUCAUAGCCGGUUGUGUUUUUCUAGCGUACUUCGUACACGCACUGGUGGCACGUCAGAAAGGUUGUUCCUUUUCGGUGCAUGGCCAAAGUGAGAGGAAUGCGCCGAUUUUAUUGCAAAAGGACAUGUCUUUAGUGGUGCCCAAUAAUGGUCGAGUCGAGCUGGGCAGUUGGGAGAAGAUAACAGUGGCCUGUCCAGAUCCCAAGAAUUAUUUAAUCGGAUUUCAGUCAAACAUGACGCAAGCACAAUGUGUGCAAGGCAGCAUUCUCCGCAUGGGAAACCACGACGUGAAUUUCACCCAUUUCCUCGGCGAUUUCCACUGCAAGAAGAUAGUCAGGGGGACGGUAUCCAAGACUACGAAAAAAUGUGGAGGCAAUAAGGGUCACAUUUACAAAAUUGGUUAUCCUAUAUCUCCGGGGCUCUUCAUUAAAGUGAUCGAAGUCUGCUACGACGCCUCCGCAGGACAAACCUUGUACACGAAACACUCACUACACGGGCAAGACAUUAAACACGCUUCCAAAUCGAGUUAUCGCCCCGGUUUCAGUCCUGAAGGUUCUGCUGUUUCCGUUUCCAUCGCGUAUAAACAAACGUUCCAAAAAGCUACUUUCAGUAAAUUAUUAAAAUCAGCUUUACUCGCUGAAGAGUACAUUAACAAAAAGUCUUAUCUGGUACGCGGACACCUGUCGCCGGAUGCGGAUUUCCUUUUUGCGGCUACGCAAUUCACGACUCACUACUAUAUAAACGUGAGUCCGCAAUGGCAGGCGAUUAAUGCGGCUAACUGGAAGAAGAUUGAAUACCUUGUUCGAAAGUUUGCAGAUGGUGUUAAGAAAAGCUUCAUGGUAAUAACAGGGACGUAUGGGGUUUUGACUGUUCCUGAUGCUAAGGGUCAAGAUGUUGAAAUUUUUCUUGUUUCUGGUAGGAAAUUACCAGUGGCUAAGUUUGUGUGGAAAAUUGUAUAUUCGACACAAAGUAAAGAUGCUAUUGUGUUUGUUAAUUUGAAUAACCCGUUUAUUGGAGGCCUAGAAACUAAGGAUAUAUUGUGUAAGGAUAUUUGUAAGGAAUUCGGAUGGGGAGCUGCGUCUUGGUCAGACUUUGGACGUGGUUUUGUGUAUUGUUGUGAUUACAAGCAGUUUGCUGCUGCGGUUGAAACUGCACCUAAACUUCAAGUUCUGGGUAUUCUCCGAGGGCCAAACUAGUUAAUUUGUGUAUAUUUUAGAAAAUGACUGGUCAGGUUUUUGUUACUAACAGCAUAUAGUACUUGUGUUGUUAAUGAGUUAAGGACGUAAUAAAUUAUUCUACCUCA